UUAAAACCAAAAGCUGAAGUGAUACUAGCUUGGUAGCCUUUCACGAGACCAAUUUUCAACCUAAAAGUCUCCCUAAACAAUUCACAUCUCCACGAAAAAAGUCGUCACUUUUAUUUUGAAGGCCACCUUGUUGCACAGGAAGUGUUAUUUUGGCAGGGUUUACCUGGAUUACCUGGGUAAACUCGUUUUCUUUUUGUUGUUUUUUUGGGGUCGAGAUAGGGACGUCAUCAUCUUACAAUGCGGAUUCGUCCAGUCCGGUUAGGAGGAGGUUUCACCCACAUAAACACCUGUGUCAGAAUCUGUGCACGCACUUCCUGCUGGGAAUGAUCUAUCGGUUUUAGUGCAAGAAAAAGACCAAGAAGGGCUGUCUUAACUGUGUUCGGAAGCCUGUUUGAGACGGAGGAGGCUCGACAGGAGAAAUCUCUGAAUUUUGUAAAGAAUGACAAGGAGUCCUGAAUACUUGGAGCAGAGCAUGCAGACAGGCUUACCAAGGCUGCAGAUCCCUGAACUGAUGCUGAGAUGGAGGACGCGUACAAUGAACUAUACCAGCAGUUUCUCCGCCUGAGGUCACUUUGCAUGAGACAGGCUGCUCUGUUGCAUCAACUCACAGCAGCCCUGCAGAAACAACAAGGUGCCACUGUUCCUAAUGGAGAUUUGAGUGAAAUGAUGUCCAUCCCUGUCCAGUGUAGCCAAGAAAUCCCUGAAUAUUUCCAUGAAAAGCCUCAACCGUUAACAGUCGCAGCACACCGCCCUGAAGCACAGUGUGGUGUCUCCACACACCUGUCCAGAAAUGAUGGGACUUUCUCUGAUCUCCUCACUGAAGAUAUGUCCAAGCUCUGCAUGGAUUUGCCUCUUCAGAGAAAGGAGGAUGGGAAGUUGGAGCAGAAGGCCGCAUCCCCGCUAACGCUGGACCCCUUGAGAUGGCAAGGAGCGUUUUCCACUGACUCCAAAAAUCCGGAUCAUCCUUGCAGUGACAGGACUCCAUACACAUUGAGGAUGCCUGCAUCAGACAGCCCCACCCUGCUGGCUGACUUUCUGAGCCCGUCUGGUGGGUUGCUGAUGUCAGACGUGGCGCUGCAGUCUCACGUUUGCGACUUCUGCCAGGCGGUUUUCCCUGGAGACACAACCACCAGAGGAGAGUUCCUACGACAUCUCCAUACCCAUAUUACCUAGACGGAGCUGAUCCUGAUUCUCCUUCCAGCAUUUGAGUUAUGUGUUCAUAUGAUAUGCUGUGGUGGAGCAGGUAAAACUGAUCUCUGGAAACAACACUGAAAUGGAUCUGGUCUUAAUAUGUUUAGUUGUGCAGAUGCUGAUGCUGGAAUCAUUUCUGAGACGUAAAUUGAAGGGUGGAAAUAGACGUCCUGUGCUUCCACUGUAUGCACUAGUAUGGAAACAUAGCAUUAUUAAAGGCUUAGUUCACACAAAUUUACAAAAUUCUCUCACAUCUUCAGAACUAGUAUUUAGCCAGUAUCUAGUAUUUAGUUUUAUUUUUCCAGGUUUUGACUGGAAUACGAAUUGAAUUUUGUUGGUGUUACUCACAAAAUUGAAAUACUACAAUAAAUCUGACAUAAUCUGACAAUAUCUCAUUUUUUUGAAUAAGUGGUUACUCUGUUAAUCUGGACACCCUACAGACUUUGCUGUGCACCAUUUCUGAGACUACUUCUUCUGUAUGAAUUAAUUUCAAGCUAAGCCAAUUCAGACCUUACACCAAAGCUGUAUGACUAGAUACCAGUAGAAUUUUUUUAAAGCUACUUCAUUUAGUAAAGGUGGCUCACAGAAUGAAAGCCUAUGAUAGCAUUAAUUAUUUUCCAUGCAGUCCUUGCUCUAUUAUAAUUUCAAUUUGCAACAACUAUGCAUCUCCUGAGAUCUUAAUAAAUCAUAAUCCAUCCUUCAUUCAAAGGCAUUGUGCAAAUCCUCUGCAGUGUUUAUUUGUGCUGUUGAUUAAUUAAUAAGAGGGAAUAAUGGAAUAAUGCCAGUUAUGAACGGUGAGAUAAUUUCUUUUAUUUUUAUUUCGUUUAUUAUCAUAAGUAACUUCUUGAAAGAAUUUUCUUCAUCCUGUCUCAUUUUGUUGGUGUUGCAUCCUGUUAUAAAAUGUUUGAUAUGAGUUCAGUUGUAACCAAACAGUGGAUAUUGCACCUUUAUUUAUUUACUUUAUUUACUGUAACUUUUUUUUUUAAAUUCAGAUUUGAAUCAAUAUUUUAAUUCUUAGUGGUGAUUUUGUUUGUGGGGGUUUGGCUGAUCUCUGUCUUUUCACUAUGAAUAAUUACUUAUCCCAUCUGCUUUAAUUAUGGCAGCCUUUGAAUGAUCUUUUCAAACUCAGAUUAAAUACAAACGUUAAUUAAUUUAAUCAGAAUCACUGUAUUGAGAGAAACUUGUCUUUAUCUGCUUUUUAAAUUUUGCUUGAACAAAAGACUUUGCAGACACUCGUAGCUUUGUUAAACAUCCAAAUAAACAUUGCCUACAUUUGUAUUCUUAUUGUGUAUAUAAUGCAGAGUCUGCAAAAUAUUUCAAUAAUUGUAUUUUUUUUAUGCAGAUAAUUAGACUUCCUAAUUCCAUGGUCAAUAUAUUGCUUUUUAAAUGUUGGCAGUCGAUCACUGAACCAAUCAGCUGUCUGCACAGCUCUCUGGUAAUGAAGACAGAGCCUGGUCUAAGAAUAGACUUGAAAGAUUUAACUCCCUAAUUAGUGGUGCUGACAGAUGAUUGAUGAUGGCGCCUUCCUUCAUUUGCUGCCACACUGACUCUUGCUCUCAUAAUCACAGUGGAGAAAACCAACUCGGAUGUAAUUGCUGUUGUAUAAUCACCAAGCUCAAGGCCACUUUUUAUAUAAACGUCACUAUGAACAUCUCA